AUGACUGGACGCAUGCAGUGGGAUGACGCUGCGAAGUGCAUCCUGCUCGUCAAGAUCCUCGAGAUCCAUGAAAUCUCCGUUGAUUGCCAGAAGAUUGCUGAUAGUUGGCGUAAGUACACGCAUUCCCAUGGAGCCCUCCGUGGUAUUUAUCAUUCAUUCACAUUUGAAAAAGAAAUGACGAUCGUUAUUUUAGCUGAGGGAGGUGUUAAGCCCACCGCUCGUGCAAUUCGUGAAGCAAUUUUCAAAAUCCGCCGCGAGACUCUUGGUACCAAAGCCGAUGGAGGACAGGGGACUCCGACUACCCCUAAGUCUUCUGCAAAGAAACCUCGCUCCAAGAUCACCAAGUCUACUGUUGGAGUUGAUGGCUCUCCAAGUGAGCGCCGACGCAAGCGGAACGUCUCCGGUGCCAGCGCGAAGAAGAUAAGCGAAGAUGCUGCUGCUGAGGGAAACGAUGGUGAUGAUGAUCUUACUACCUUCAAGUCGGAGUAUGAAACUCUUGAGGAUUUCGAUCUCCCGGGGGAAUUGAAGGAGGAGGACCUCGCGCCUUUCGAUACCGAGAUGGUCAAUAAUGGCGGAGGAUUUUGA